AUGGCAUUUAUGCAAUAUGUUAAAUCUUCUUCCUCAAGUAAAAAUUAUGCAUACGAAGUUUCAGUUUUUAAAUGCGGAGAUAAUGAGUCAAACCGAAUGGUUGCAUUUUUUAGUGCCCGCGGUGACAUCCGUUUCAAAAAUAACAACAUCACAAAUAACAAAUGUGAAUAUCACUCUUUAAUUUAUUCAUAUCUACAAGGGAGUUCAGGCUCUUAUAAUUUCUCAACAUUUAGAGAUAACAAUCAAACUGGAGGCAGUUCAUUAGCUUUUGUCAGUGAUUUCGAUGAUUCAUACAAUCAUACAUUUUCUCAUUGCAAUGUUAUUGGAAUUAAAUGCGGAACAGACUAUGGCCAAAUGCUAUUUACUUGUUGGUACACAACUAAUGUUGAUCAAUGCGUAUUUUUGAAUAACACUGCUGUAUACAUGUUUCAUCAAGAUAAAGAAGAUUACACGUUAACUAUUUCAGAUUCAUAUAUUGAAGUUAAUACGACAACAGGAUCAGGAAAUGUUACAUUUAAUAAUCUUAAAGAAAAUUACGAUUUUAAUGUUUUUUCUCAUAUUUACAAAGAAAAGUGUUAUAUCGAAAAAGAAAAAACGAUCAAUAAUAAGAUUUCAUAUUUUUUCUAA